AUGAAGUGCUGGACCAACUGGGGCGAAGACCUGCGAGUCUGCUGGGCCACGUGGAUCCCAGUGUUCCUGUUCAACUUCUCGUUUUGCCCCCUCUGGAUGCGAGUCCCUGUCGUGGCCGCCGUGUCCUUCGGCUUCACGGCCGUCCUGUCCGCCAUGCGGGGGGCACCGCAGGAGAGCUGCCAGGCGCGGAGGUCGCCGGUGAGGCGCGGCCGCGCCAGCAGCGGUGAGAGGGGGCGCCCCCCCGUAGCGCGGGCGCCCGCUCCCGAGGCCACGUCGGGAGGCUCAGCGCGGACGCCGACGGCGACGACGACGGCG